UCCAUCUCUGCCAGCCCGCCGCCGGCGAACCUAGCACGAAUCUCAUCCCAUGGACGCAUCUCGCGCCGGCUCCUCCUCCAACCCCACUCCCUCCAGGCGUCGUCUCACCGUUCCCGUUCAUGGGCGGCUUUCACCAACCCCGCUGCCGGCACACCCUGGUGAAUGGCGGCCCCGCCCGGCCGUCUCAUGGACCGUGGAGAACAUCUAUGAGGACUUCUCUGGCCGCCGCAGCGCGCUUGUCCAAGCCCUCACCACAGGUAAAGAGCCAAUGUGCUUGUACGGGUACCCGGACGGUAGUUGGGAGUUGACGCUGCCGGAGGAGAUGGUGCCGCCAGGCCUGCCGGUGCCGACACGAGGCAUCAACCGCCGGCGAGAUUAUAUGAACCGUUCUGACUACCUGACACUCGUCGCCCACCACUCCGACUCGUGGCUCAUGGGCGUCACCUUUUUCUUGUCCACUUAUCUCGCCGCCAACCAAAGGACACAUUUAUUUGAUAUGGUAAACGAGAUGCGAACAGUCCAUGACGAAUUCUAUCUCUCUUAUGGUCUUCCUUGGCUAUCAACAUUUGUGCGUUACAAUGCAAACUGGGAGUCGAGCGCACCAACUCAAGAGAAUGUGUCCAAUCCCGACGUAGACUAUAUCGCACCUGCUGAAGAGAACGUGCCACCUUCUCAAGACUCAAUGCAAGUUUUGUCUGCUCCAAACAGGGACUCUAGGAAGCCUGCUACAGACAAGCAAAAGGAUAAUGAAGUUACCGACUUUUGCGGAUCUUGUAAUGCUCCGUAUCAUGCCAAUGCCUUUUGGAUUGGUUGUGACGAAUGUGACCAGUGGUUCCAUGGCAAAUAUGUGAAGGUAACUGCCUCUGAAGCAGAACAUAUCAAAGAUUACAAGUGUCCUGACUGCAUCCGCGAGGUGAUCGGAGAGUAGGAUAUAAUAUGUGCACCAUCCCUUUAUUUUAGGAUAUGCAGUCACCCUUUGUAUGA